AUGCUGUGCCGCCGUGUUAGGUUGAUAUCGAUGGCGUACACCGAUGCCAUUUGGAGUUCCGUUGCACUGUCCCCUGUUAAGGCGUGGUUUGGGCUCGCCGGUGUUAGUGGCAAAUUGCAGUGUUCAGCUCUGGGCGCUUUAUUGAAAAUCCGAUCUAUCCGCUGCAAUGACUCCGCGGGGAAACCGGCGAAAGUUACGGUCACGUCUAUAAAAGACGGUGGCGUCUUCUUCACCAUUUCAUUUCGUUCGGGACGCCUGGUCGGCUGCGUGGUCCGUGUCUGCACGCGCCCCGGUGUCACUCGUGUCGGUGUCCGUGAGCACCCUGUC